GUGUUAAAAGACGUAAGGGUGUAUAAACGCGUUAUAACUGCGCGUGCGCAUUGUCGAUGUUUUUUACGAUAAAUCACGCGAUCUUAACUAAAAUAUCAUAUUACCAAUAGAUGUAUACAAGAUACACAAGAAAUUUUCAGUUUGUUUGUUUGUUUUCAAUCUGGUCGUUACUAACAAAAUCAGAAAGAGAAAGCUUUGGGUCAAAUUAUUCCGGGUUGUGAAAUAUUGAUGUGUUAAAGUGGAAUUAAGGAUAUACAACCUUCAUAUCAAACAAUGACUGAAUAGAACAACAGAAAGAGGCUAUUAUGACCCUGUCCCCGCUGCGAUGGCUUGCGAAAUUUCAGCAUGGCGGCAUCGCCAACCAAUUCUUUAUGGCUCUAAUGGUGACGAUCCCAGUACUAAACUUCGGUAUGCUCAUGGGCUGGCAGUCGCCCAUGACGCCCAUUCUCCAGUCAAUAGACGGGCCGGCGCCGGAACCCAUCAGCGAUGAGACCAUCUCCUGGAUGGCAUCCAUUACGUUCUUCCCGUCCAUAUUUUGUGGAGUUCUGGUUGGAGACUUGGCGGACAGGUGGGGCAGGAAGACCACGACAAUGCUGACUUCUCUUAUGCUAGUGAUAAGUUGGAGUAUCACUCUGUUCUCGCUUCGCCCGUGGGCUCUGAUCGCGUCACGGGCGGUGGCAGGGCUCGCGUGCGCAGGCUGUUAUGUCGUCACACCAUUAUACCUGAAGGAGAUAGCCUCAGAUAAAAUCCGAGGCGCGCUAGGUUCGCUGUUCAUCCUAGUUCAGAACCUUGGCUACCUGGUAGUCUACGUGGCUGGUGAUGUCCUGUCUUUCGCAGCUGUCAUGUGGAUAUGUACGGCUAUACCAGUGCUGCAUCUGUUGGUGUUUCUUGCGAUGCCAGAAACUCCAGUUUUUCUAGUCAAACAAGGGAAGGUUAAGGAAGCCCGCGUCGCUCUAGCCUGGUUACGCAAUACCUCUGUAGAAGAUAAGAAUUUAGAAGACGAAGUCCAACAGAUGGAGAGGGAAGAGGAAUAUGCUCAAUCUAUGGAAAAGGCCUCAUGGAAAAGUUUAUUUAAAGACAAGAACACAUUCCAAGCGUUCAGAAUUUCCCUCAACGUCAUGCUGUCCCAGGAGACGUGUGGGUACCUCGUGGUGCUGAUGUACGCCGGCUCCAUUUUCGACCAGGCAUCCCAGUCCAUUAGUCUGAAACUGAGCCCCAAUAAACAGACGAUUGUGGUCGGCGUGAUACAGUUGCUGGGAUCCAUUGUUGCUAGCUGUAUUGUAGAGAAGACCGGGCGAAAGUGGCUUCUAGCUGGUACAUCGCUCGCGACAGGCCUGUCUAUGCUCGGCCUGGGCGCGUGGUUCUACGUGACGUCACUGGGUGGCUGGCUGCCAGGCUGGCUGCCCGUGCUCGCCAUGUGUCUGUGCAUCUUCUCUGACGCCGCGGGGUACCAGCCCGUGCCAUAUGUCAUUACAUCUGAACUGUUCUCAUUUCAACACCGUGGCAUGGUGACAUCAAUUGUAAGCAGCGUCGACGCUCUGAGUGACUUCCUACAAACGAAAGCUUACGACCCAAUGCUGAAAUUGCUCGGAAUCCACUGGGUCUUCAUAUUUUUCUCAGUCAUCUGUUUUCUGGGUACACUAUACACCGUUCUUUAUGUACCAGAGACUAAAGACCGGAGCGUAGAAGAGAUAUACGCUAUCCUAGAAGAUGGGAGGAAGAAAGUGAAGCGGAAAGACAUUGAAAAGGGCAAAGAAGUUAGUAGAUUAUAAGCGGAUUGACACUCGAAUUAAACGCGGAUUAUUAUCUGUGGACAGUAUUUAUGUAGUUAAAAAUAAACAUAUGUCUUAAUACUCGUUAAAAGGAAGCGGUUUUGCAAUACACUUUGUAAUUUUUAACAACACUCAUUAAUGAAACUCGACGUAAAGUUUUAUCCACAUUUGUCAAUUAAACGUCCUUAUUUCAUAAAGUAUUUCCACCUUAUUCCUAGUUAUAUAGAAAAAAUGUUAUAUAUGAUUAUGGAACUUAAAUUAUAGCAUCUUUUGUUUAUAUACAAAGAGAAACAAAAGAAAUUAUCGAUAUAAGUGCCGCCCCUUAAUCUUUUCGAAAAUAAAGAAAAAAAACAUUUAAUCCACAUAACAAUAAAAAUAUACAAUGUUGUUGUUGAAAUUUAUUGAAGGUAAAAAGAGAUACUUAAUGAUUAUACUUAAUUUAAAAAUCUUGUGAACCCAUAAUUUUUCAUGUAUGUGACGAAAUUUAUGUUAUAAUAAUAGAGGUAUGAGCGAAUAAAUUUGAAAGUAAUGUUGAAUAUCCAUUGAAUAACAAAUAUUAAUAAUUAAUGCUAUAAUUGCUUGAAGAUACAUCAAAUAGUUUGUAAUUCACAAAACAAUUUAGCAGCUAAACUCAUGUUUAUGUACUUAUUUAUGGUUGUUAAUUGAGUAUAUGAGUUGUAUGAGCUAAAUAACAAUCAUUUACAUUUAAAUUUACAGAAAUUUUAUAAAUUAAAAAAAAUAUCCUACUAAUAUUAUAAAUGCGAAAGUUUGUGA